AUGGCCGCUCAGACCGAUUUGCAACAGAUUAUGAGAAUCAUACUCGGAUUAGUAGCUUCGUUGCUUAUCGUGCAAACUCAUGCGCAGACGACCGUGCCUACAUGUACCAGACCAAAUUGGGAUCUGCUUGGACCUCAAAAUCAAUCACCAUGCGACGUCUUGUUCAGGAUAAUGACCUCAUGCGCCGAGGCCGCGGGCACAACUUUCAACUUGACGAGUGUGCAUAACCAGACUCUUGGUCAAUACCCCCGUCCCGAACCAAGUGACCCUUUGGCGCGUUGCAAGUGCACUGAUAUCGCAUACAACCUCUACUCUGCAUGUGGUGCUUGUCAAAGCGAUCUCGAGAUUCCGAAUAACUGGCAAUCGCAUGAAUCAUGGUUUACCCAAUGCUUCAAGCUACCCCCGUCGCCUCCUGUGGCUUUUGCCAGCCCCUUAAUCACUCUAUGGAUGAAUCAGACCUACCUCCCAACAUUCGAUAUCGAUAAGGCGCUCCAGGUUCAAUCCACAGGGGAUCCUCUACCCUCUCAAACGGUCGCGGACAGCUCUAGCGAAACCAGCCUGGCAGCGCCCAUCAGUAGCACCAGCUCUGGUAAAUCAAACACGCCCACCAUCGUCGGAGCCGUCAUCGGCGGUGUCAUCGGCCUCGUUCUUCUCGUCUUUUUGAUCCGCUAUCUCGUCCUCCGACAACGCGCAAAGAAACGCACACCUGCAUCUGCAGAGUUUAUGAAAUAUGCCCAGGGACAUGCAGAUAUGCGGAAAUCAGCCACGACACCGCUCACGCACGUGUAUAAUGGGAGCGUGGAUGAAAGCUUACCGAUGCAUACGGUCGUUCAGCCCGGUGGAUACCAAGACCAUCGUGCGAGUAUUAUACGGCUGGAUAAGGAUACGGGAACAAAUGAGCUGGAUAGAGUCCCCAUGGGCGCACCAGGUUCGAGAGGGAGUCGGGACGUCCAUGAAGAGUUGCCGGCAUUCACACCUGGAUUGUUCAAGGAUCCGAUAUUCGAAAAGGGCGUCGCGUUGAAUUUGGCGGCGGCUGCAGCGGCUGCGCCGUCGUCUUCGUCGGGGGGUCAUGGUAUAGCUGGAGGAGGAGCUGGAGGGUCGCCGGUGACUUACUCACCUGCGACACCUUCAGUAUUACAGAAUACCACUGAACAUACGAGGUUGAUUCCCGGCAAGCAAAAUUCGGCGGGGAGUGCGGUCUAA